AUGUUGAAGGGACGUACCAAAAGCAUUCCUUUGACCAGGAUACUCAUUAGAUUCAAUUCAACAAGUGCUAGAGAUCCAGUCACGAUCAUUCCUACAGUUUAUGAAUUGACUGAAGCCAAAGAUUUAACACCAGAAACUAAUCCUGACAAUUCAUUAUUAGAAUAUUUACAAAGUAGGCAUUUAAUUGAAUCAAUAACAGAUGACAGUUUAUACAAAUUGACUAAACGUGGGACUAAUCAUAAGUUCAAAUUGUAUUGUGGGGCUGACCCUACGGCAUCAUCACUACAUUUAGGUAAUUUAUUACCAUUAAUGGUGUUAUUACAUUUCAAGAUGAGUGGGAAUGAUGUUGUUGGACUUGUUGGUGGAGCCACUGGACUUGUUGGAGAUCCAAGUGGGAGAAAAACUGAACGUAAUAAGAUUGAUGAAGUUGAAGUUGAAGAUAAUGUAACUAAAAUACAAAGACAAAUCUCCACGUUUUUAAGUAAUGGGAUAGAAUAUGCAAAGUCAAGACAAUUUCCUAUGACAGAAAAAUUGGGUGAAACUACGUCAGUAAACAAUGCCUCAUGGUGGGAAAACGUCAAAAUGUUGGAAUUUCUAGCUGUAUAUGGUAGACAUAUUAGAGUCAGUUCAAUGUUAGCUCGUGAUUCAAUUCAAUCAAGAUUGGAACUGGGUGGAAUUGGUUUCAACGAAUUCACUUAUCAGAUUUUACAAGCUUAUGAUUUUUGGCAUUUAUACAAGGAUGAAAAUGUCAACAUGCAAGUUGGAGGAAAUGAUCAAUGGGGUAACAUAACUGCUGGUAUUGAUCUAAUUUCACGUUUGCGCAAGUUUCAUGACAAAAAACAUGAAGCUUAUGGACUUACUGUUCCAUUAUUGACUACUUCCAGUGGUGAAAAAUUUGGCAAAUCUGCUGGAAAUGCUGUAUUUAUUGAUUCUAAUUUGACGACCCCGUACCAAAUGUAUCAGUACUUCAUUAAUGUUCCAGAUGAUAUAGUGGGUAAAUUGUUAAAAGUUUUCACGUUAUUGCCCUUGAAUGUAAUUGAAGGUGAAUUAUUACCUAAGCAUAACAGUGAUCCUGGUUUGCGUAUUGCUCAACGUGUUUUAGCUCGUGAGGUUGUGGAUUUGAUACAUGGUGUUGGUGUUGGAGACGAAAUGGCAUUCAUAACAGGAUUUUUAUUCCCUACCCCAGAUCAACCAUUUAACGACAAUGUAAGUGCCGACAAAUUGAUAGAGAAUUUUAAAAGAUCUGGUAUAUUGUUUAAAAGAGACAAACCUUCACCAGAAGAAGAAAUCAAAUUAAGUGCUUUAUUAGCUGAUAUUGUUGGAAAAUCAAAGAGUGAAAUGAGAAGAUUGAUUAAAGCUGGUGGUGUAUACAUGGGAUUGGACAGAAAUCAAAUUGAAGAUCCAGAUGAUGUUAUAUUAUUUGAUGUUGAUAACCAUUUGAUCGAUGGUAAGUUAUUGUUGGUUAGAGUAGGUAAACAGAAUUAUUACGUUGUCGAGUUUGUAUAA